AUGGUCUAUCACGGCGGCAUGGCCAGUCCGCCACCGAGCGAUGGCCUCGUUCCAGCAUCGUCUCCUAACUUCCCUUCCUCCCCGCCGUCGCGGAUGUAUCGAAAGGAAAAGAAGAAGUCCAUCUUGACGCCCCGGAAGUUUCGUCGUUUCUUCACCCCCCGCGGAAUGCCCUCACAGAUAUCCCGGGAAAGACCAGCCCUCGGCGAGCUACGCAGUCCAGCACUCAACGUUCAACCAACACCUCCACGAUCCAGCCCUCGCUUCAACGAACCGAUAUCACCCACUUCGAACCACAGCAGCAGUGUACUUUCCCCUUUUGGCAGCGAAGAUGGCCCGAGGAAGCGGAAGCGGAGCGUCGUCAACGCUAUACCCAUGAAGUUGCCACAGCCUGGCCGGGGUUUGAACACGAAGCGUUCAAGGACUCAACUGGAGGACUUGGAGGAAGACUACCCCCUCGGACGAAGCCCUAUCGCGAGGUCACCGUCGCAGCGGGAUGAGAAUGCCGAUUCCGAGGAUCACUCUAUGGGUUCGCCUGAGAUACUCUCGCCCUCGGCUAGUCACACGGCAGCUCUGGGCAGAACGUACCCGACAGGACCUCAAGUCACACCAGACGAAUUCGCGCGGAAGCUCAGCCCCUUGACUGCCAGCAACUUUGCGACCUCGGGGUAUGAGGGCCUUCGGCCCAGGUCCACGCUGAUUGAUUACUUCAAGUGCAACCGGGCAGGGGUUCCCGCUUCUAGUAGAGGAAAGGCUGUUAAGACUCUCACCAAGCUUCCCCUGCCGCCCAAGGACAAGCCUAUCGUACCAGAGUACCGGCCGCAGCCCAUGAUCAAGCUCCGCAACCGGGGCUUUGGUGCUCAACUGCUGCUCCGGGAGCAGGGCAGCACACCUCGUCCCGGGCGUGAGCAUCUCGAGUAUCCUGCCUUUGACUCCAGAGCAAGUACGGCAUCCUUCUGGAGCCGAAGCACCGACGUCCACAUGUGUAACGCGCAUCUGACGCAAGCGAAUACUAUUCCUUUCAGUCUAGCAAGUUGUCACAAUGCCCCAAUGACGGCAAUUGGUGACGAAGAGGGAUUCAUCCGCUUCUUCGACACCACCACAACCCCCUUGGGAGCGGCACCUCGUACAAAGGUUGAUAUUGUCAUCCAGGCCCACGAGAAUGCCAUCAUGGACCUCGCUUUUUCCAAUGACGACCUACGUUUGGCAAGUGCAUGCGGUGAUCGCUCCGGGAAAAUCUUCGACGUCAUGUCACAGACGGUGGCGGUGGAAUUGAAUGGCGGUCACUUCCAAUCGAUGCGUCGUGUGGAGUUCCAACCAGGCCAGGCCAACGGAAACGUUGUAGCCACGUCGGACCGCGACGGAAAGAUUCAGAUAUGGGAUUUGCGAUGUUCCAUGGCACCGGCCGCUGCCUUUUCCACUCGCGGCCCGGAAGGGAUCGUGCACCGCGACAGAGACCGCAACCCUCUGUGGGCCCGAACGACCAAUACACUCGACAACGCCCAUGCUCGUACGAUCCAUGGAGUCACAUCACCGGCGUCUGUCACGGCGCUGCAAUAUAUGCCGGAAGGCCGUGAGCACCUGCUUCUCUCCGCCUCAGAGGCGAAUGCCUGCAUUAAGCUGUGGGAUACGCGGUACAUCACCCCGCGCAACAAAGAGGCCGCCCCCCUAGCUGUGACUGCCGAACCGGCAACCCACCGCUGGCGGCCCUACGGCCUUACUUCUCUGGCCCUGAGCAGUGACGCAUCCCGCCUGUACGCAGUGUGUAAGGACAGUACUAUCUACGCGUACUCAACCUCGCACCUCAUGCUCGGCCACGCUCCCGAGCUCUCACUCCGACCUCCGCGCCAAAGGGCCGGCUCCGCGGUGCAGGGUUUGGCGCCCCUUUAUGGCUUCAAGCACGACCUUUUCCACGUUAAGAGCUUCUACGUGCGCGGAGCCCUCCGCCCUGUAUCGACUUCCGGCACCGAGCUUCUCGCCGUCGGUAGCACGGACAAGUGCGCCGUCGUCUUCCCCACCGAUGAGCGUGCCAUGCGGGAGUACUGGGACACGCAGAGCCACCUCCCGGCAACGGACACUAUGUCCACCUCGUCAAGCGCAGCUACGUCCUCGUCCCAAGCAAAGCCUAUCAACGCCGGCGGCGCUCAAGUGCCCAUCAUCCGCAACGGCACGCCCCUCAUCCGUGGUCAUCGCCGCGAGGUCACGGGGCUCAGCUGGUCCAACGAGGGUAAGCUCGUCACCAUCUCGGACGACUACAUGGUGCGCCACUGGCAAGAGGGCAGCGAUGACGGCGGCCGCGGUAAUGGCCGCGACGCGUGGGACCUGCGUACCGGAGGCGAAUUUGGCGGAAACCGGCACAUGGCUGGUUGGGCCGACGUCGCGGACGACUGGGAUGAGGACUGCGACUCCCACUCUGAGUGCUGA